GACUCAACCUGUCAGAAUUUGUUUUUAUUUAUUAUUGACGUUUGAAAAAAAAACAACAUUGUGAUAUUAUCAGUGAUUUUUUUUAGUUUUAGAUUAACAAGUGUUAUUUAAAACUCAACAAUCAACGCGAAAAAUAAUAAAAGUUAAAUAUCAAAAUAAUGGCUGAUGAUGAUUAUACUGAAAAGAUAUUUACAUUUAAAUUUCCUACUUGUAAAACAAGUGAUGAAUACACACUAGAAAUACCCUUGAAAAUUCCAUAUCAUGGAUCAAUUAAAGAACUCAGUCAUCGAAUUGUAACAUCAUUUAAAAUUCCAUGUUACAUUGAACAAGAAUUAUUGGAAUCACUUGAAUGUACAGUAAAACAAUGGACCCAAGAUUAUUAUGAUGAAAGAGACGAUAAAUUAAUUGAAGAUGCACAAAAUGGUAGUGUUGAAAUUGAUAAAAUAAUUAAGUAUUGGGAAAAAUUAUACAAAGAAAAAACAGUUGAUUAUGCUGAACCAAUUGGUACAACUGAUGAAGAACUUUUUGCAGCAGCUUAUCAUCGUCUUAUUCAUUCACCAUCAUUAGAACCAAUUUUACAUGCUGAACAUAAUUAUGGAAAAGAUGUUACAGAAGUCAUUCAAUCAAGAGACUCUGAAUAUGAACAAUUAACACAAAAACAAACUGAAGAAAUGAGAAUUGCUGUUGAAACAUUAGAAAUUGGUUCAACAGAAAAAUCAAUAAAUGACAUGGCAGCUAGACAUUUUGAAGAACAAAGUUUAAUACAGGGUCACUGGGGUUCAAGGGUAGAUGCAUUAAAAUUAGAACAACGUCGUCAAUAUCGUAAUUGGAUCAUGAGAUUACUUGAAGAACAACAGACAAAUAUGUUACCAACACCUGUAGAAUCACCAAUGGUACCAAUGCAAUUAUUUCCUGAACAAUUAUCACCAUCUGAUUAUCCACAAUUGGAAGAAAGUUUUACCAUACAUCUAGGCUCGCAAAUGAAACAAAUGCACAAUAUUAGAAUAUUAACUGGUGAUGUACUUGAUUUUUGUCAAACUAAAAAUAAUGGCUCCAAUAAUAUGGAUCCAACACCUCAAAGACUUCAAACUGCAUUAGGACUAUACUCAAAUGAUUUAUGUGGUCUUGUACUAUUGAGUGAUAAUCAUUUGGGCAGUUACUCAGGCAUAACAAAAGAGUUAUGCUCAAUUUGUCAGCUCACAACAGAAUUUCAUUUUUCUCCAAUGGAUGAACAGUUAGAAAAAAUUAAAGAUGAUGUAAAAGAUGCAGUCAGUUGGAGACAAGCACAUCAUCGUGAUGGAAAUGACAUACAGAUAAAAAAAACAACAUCAAGUAAAGCAUUACAAACAGGAGAUGUAUUUAUUACAAGACAUUCAAAUUUAGCACAAGUUCAUGUGGUAUUUCAUAUGGUUGUUAAUGAUUCAUUGAGAUCUGGUGAAAUUAAUUCAAGGCAUCCAGCAAUAUUAGGUUUAAGAAAUAUUUUAAAAACAGCAUGUUGUAAUGAUGUAACGACCAUUACAAUUCCAGUCUUACUUGUUCAUGAAAUGACCGAAGAUAUGACUGUUGCAUGGUGUACUAAAAGAGCUGAAUUAGUAUUUAAAUGUGUUAAAGGAUUUAUGAUUGAAAUGUCAUCUUGGGGUGGUGCAGAAUUAAAAAAUUUACAAUUCUUAGUACCCAAGGGUAUGUCUGAAGAAGUAUUUGGUACACUUGCAACAAUGUUACCAAGUAUCUUUCGUGUAUCAAAUCCAUUAGUUUUCAAAGCAUCUGGUGCACCAAAUACACCAAAAAAAUGAAUAGUAAUUUUUAAUUAAGUGAUUUUUUUUUGUUGGUGGCAUUUAUUGUAAUGAUAUUCUGUGACCCAAUUGUCAAAUUCAUUAAUAUUGGGUGAGAAACAUGAUAACAUGUUUGUGCAAUAAAUUAAUUAUAUAUUUUGCUCUUUAUCAAAAAAAAAAAGUGUCAAAAUAUUCUGAUUAUUUAUUUUUUGCUUGAUAUUUUAGUUAAUAAUUUAAAUUUAUAUCAGUUAUAAAAAAAUUAAGUGUUUGAAAAAACUAAAUGUUUUAUGUAAUAUACGAUUUUAUUUUAUUGAAAUUAGAAAAAAAAUUAAUUUAUCAAUAUUUUUAAAUUUACAAAAUAACAUAGCGAAUAAGGAUAAAAAAAAUUAAUUUAAAUAUAUAUAAUUUUUAUCAAUCAUCAGGUCAAUUUUGUUAAUUAAUUAAUUGAAAAAAUAAGUCACUAUCUUGCAAGUUUUAAGAUUAAAGUGUUUUGGAAAACGCGUAAUUUAUUAAAACGACAUUAAUUUAAAAAUAAAUGUAGCAAUAAUUUAUCUGCAUUUUAUCGGUGAAAAAAAAA